UUCCCACCUGUCCGCUGAGCCACACGAAUUCCCCAAGGUCACAAGCUUACACACAACAACAUAAUGUUAUCUCCAGAAACAAAAAUGUCAAACCACAUGUAGCUUCUCAUGCAGAUUCCACAAGUCAAGUUCACACCCAGCCCAAGUAAUUUCUUAUGCAAAUUCGACUAAUAAGCUAGAAAGCAGUGGGAAGAAAUUCAUACUGAAAAAAAGUCCAAUGUCGAAAGGACACAAACUAGUUAACAUUCUGACUCAGACGCCUCUCUCUCAACAUUCUCUAUAUAUUGAUUCAACAAGAAAGGCCAUAAAUCAAUCGUGGGGGAAAAAAACAAACACAAAAAGCUCUCUAGCUAGGCGCUGAAGAUGGAACUUCGCCGAAGUGAAGAGCAAGGAGCGGCAGUGAAGGUGAGAGCGAAGAAGAGAGGUGGGAGCGUUAUGCCGGCGAAGAAAAAGCUGGUGAAGAGAAUGGUGUUCGAUAGCAUUGUGGAGUCCGUCGCCUCCUUCCUCGGCCAUUUCUGCGGCGGCGGCGGCGGCGGCGGCCAUGGUUACUCUAAUAACGAGCCACUUGCUAAGUUACCGAACAACGGUGGUGGUAUUAUUACCGUUGGUGCCUUCAAGUGCAAGGCUUUUGAAGAAGAUCGUAGUUCCUUUCGGCCACUAGCUAGAUAGCUACAGGUAGAGGGCUGGAUUGAUUUUAUUGGGUUGAUGUGAUGGAUUUGUCUAUUGGGUGAAUCAAAGAGAGAUUUGUUUAAGGGUCCUAAUCUAUGUCUUGAGAUUUGUCUAUUGGGUUGAUAUGAUGGCCAAUUUUCCUUAAGAAAUAAGUUUUCAAAGG